AUGGCCCUCCUGCUAUCUCUACUGACCAUCCCGGUGGUGCUCAGCUAUGGCCCUUUUCCAUCUCUGGGCUGUGAGCUGCCUCCCAACCAUGUCUUGGCUAGUCAGAAAACUUUUGUACUUCUGGGUCAAAUGAGGAGACUCUCCCCUUCUUUCUGUCUGGAUGUCAGAAAGGAUCUCAGAUUCCCCAAGGAGUUGGCAAUGGGAGAGGAAGAAUCUGUCCUGGCAAUUGAGGGCCCUCGACUGGCUGUGAAGAGGUACUUCUAUGGAAUGCGUCUCUACCUGAAAGAGAAGAAAUACAGUGACUGUGCCUGGGAAAUUGUCAGAGGAGAAAUCAAGAGAACCUUCUCUUCAUCAACAACUUUGGAAUCAAGAUUUAGAAGAAAGAAUGGAGACCUGGCUUCAUCGUGA